AUGCGCAAAAGCCUCACUCAGAACUCCCAGAAAGAAAUCGAAUCUCAAACCGCGCAAUCUACUUCUCAUAAUUCUGCCCAACAUGGCUCUUCAUCUCAACCCUGCUAUCUGCUCGACCUUCCAGCCGAGUCACUCACGCACAUCACCGCGUAUCUGGACCCGCAAGCUCUCUUCAAUUUUGGCCGCACGAACAAGAAGUUCUCUGAACACAUAAAAGACGAUAACAUCUGGCAUCGCGCCUUCGUCUGCCAGUUUCUGGGUGUUGCACCAGAAACAGACCUGGUCGGUCAAAACAGCCUAGUUCUUCGGCGCUCGGAAUCAUCCUGGAAGCGCGAGUUUGUGCUUCGUUUUAAUACGCGCAGGCGUUGGAUGCGCUCGCGUACGUCAACGAUAACGCAUAGUCCGCAUCAUGCGCUUGUUUCCUCGCUGCACAUGCUUUCGGACGAUGCUCUGCUUUCAAGCUCGCUUCAAUACGGCGUAGUGGCGCGAUCGUUGCCGUUCACUGGGCGUGUGAUCAAGGGCUUCCUCAACGCAUCAGGCCUACACCAUGGCCUAGCAAAUGGCAACCCAAACGCAGACUUCAUUCCCGAUGUCUCUGCGUGCGCCGUCAGUUCGGAAGGCGCCAGCGCUCGGAUUGCGUGGGGUCGUCGCGACGGCGCAUUCGGUAUCAUGUGGCACCCUCACACCAUGGCGGGUAGUCGCGCUGCCGCGAACAUUAGCAUGAGUCGCCCAGAAGAGGGACACCGUGGAGCAGUCAAUGAAGCUAUCUUCAUACGAGGCGGCGAAGCCUGUGUCACCGUGGGCGCAGAUGGCACCGCGAAGGUCUGGAGCACCCGCCGGUUCGCUUGCGUGUGGACUUCGCCGCGUCCUGAACUUCUGCCCGAGCCAUACGUCAAAGUGCUCGAGGAUCUUGCCCGCGGCGUCCUUGUUUGCGCGACGGAGAAGGGUUCUAUCGUUAUCUAUUCCGGACUUCCGCUGGCGAGCCUUCUGGGACCGGAUCGUACGCAGUUCUCUGCCGAGGACCUACGCACCUAUCGCGUCAACGCACCCGCAACCGAUGGCAGCGAAGUUGCUCAAAUGUUCGCCGACCUCAAUAGUCCGGCCGACCACACCGUGCUAGUUGUGCGUCACGAGGGUCGAGUGACGUUCGACCGUGUAGAUGUCAAUACUGUGACGGGCGCCAUUACGACAUCCACUUUCGGCGACGCUGCCGCCGGAGUGGUCAGCGUAAUUCUACCUGAUUUCGCUGCCGGUUCAACCAACGAACACUCGUACAUCAUCGCGGGUGAUACAUUGGGCGGCGUUUCUAUCUACCCUUGGGAUUCGCCAACAAAACUAAUCAACGAUCAACCAAUAUCGCCUAGUCGCCGCGUCGAUGUGUUCCCCGAUGCGACGGUGAAAGCCCUUGCCACCACAUCCUUGGUCAUCGCCGCGGGCUCUUCGCGUGGCGACGUGCGGGUGCUCGAUGUGCUCACGUUGGAGUUUCUCAGGACAUUCACCGUUGCAUCGGAGAUACCAGUUCGGAACAUAGUGCUUCGCCGCGAACUUCUUAUUGCCAGUGCCGGAGUGCACGUCAUGGCAUGGAAAGCGGGACCUGUUGGCAAAGACGGCAGAGCGGCUAAGGGAAAGAAGAAGAUUAAGGCCAAGGAAAUGCAUCAAGAUCGGAAAUGGCAGAAACAGAUCCAGUUCAAGCAUGACAUCGCGGAGUUCCGCGGCGACCUAGAGCUUGAAGGGACGUCGGCUCGCGCCGCCCGCGGACGGGAGCGCGAGCAGGCGGAGCAUCUGGGUGGUCUCGGUCUAAGCGAACGCGAAGCAGUGGAAUAUGUGCUCAUGCUGUCGCGCGAGGAGGCAUUUGCGCGUGACGCAGGCCAAGGGGAGGAAGGUGUAUUCGAACUGGACGAUGGAGCAUCGUCGACACCCUCGUCGGGCAGCACAGGCUCUCGCUCGCGAACAUCUUCCUUCCUGUCACCGUCGCCUCCGUUCCGUGCGACCGCCAAUCGACUCCCAUCGACCCCGCCGCACCGUCCGAUCGCAGAGCCUAGCUCUUUGAAUCACAAAGUCCAAGUGUCGCCGCGCUUCAUGCCAGAACCUUCGGAGGCGGGCGGGCUUCCUGGCAGCCUCGAGUUGCCAGCUCCUAUUGAGAUGCGGCGCGCACCUCCUUCGGAAGACGCGUUCCCCGAUAUGACACCGAGCAGUCACGGUAGUACGACACCCGCCCUGCGCGGCGCUGUGACGCCUCCUCGCGCGUCCGUGUGGAAUCCGCGCCCUAGCGCCAGCGCCUCGCCUCGUGGCGCUUGGAUGACACCGCUUCGCACUCCCCCCUCGACGUCCCCGCCUGUUUCGCGUCUUGCAAGCGUCGCUGGAUCCUCAUUAGUGACUCGCUUGCCUAGUGCUGCGUCGUCUUCAAGUGCUGCACAGCCAUCUGUCGCGCGCUCGCCGCCCUUCCGCAAUAUGGCCAUGUCAGAGUCUGCGAGAGAGCAGGAAGAGAAGUGGGCGCAGGAAGCCGCCGCUAUCGCGACCAUAGAGGACGAGGAGCUCCGCUAUGCGCUUGAGCUCAGUUUAGCCGAGGCCAGGAGUCAGGCGCCGUGA